AUGUGUACCCCAGACAUCUUCCUCGGCAUCCUCGCCAUUCUCUUCCCUCCUCUACCAGUCUGGGUAAAGCGUGGCAUCUGCUCCACCGACUCCCUGAUCAACAUCCUUCUCCUCUGCCUUGGCUACAUCCCCGGCCUCCUCCAUGCGUGGUACAUCAUCGCAAAAUACCCCGAUCCGAUCUUCGAAUAUGAUACCAUAGACCAGGAGGACGGAAGUCGUGUGACAUACGUCGUCAUCCAGAGUCCCGCUACAAGCCCGCCUCCUCGCCAGCCGCACAUCUCUUAUGGAACCGUCGCCCCUGCACCGCAGUCUGCUCCACACUCUGCUCCUCAGCAGAGCCCCAAUGUCCAUGCCAAUGCUGAAGGUUCUAGCAGCAAUGCGCCCUGCCCUCCAAGUUACGCCGAGGUUGUAGCUGGAGACAACAAGAUUCAGGCUCCUUAA